AUGAAAUAUAAUUAUGAGUUAUGUCCAAAAAUGGGAAGUGGGUUUUGGAGGAGACUAGUGAAGUCAUGGCAGAAAGGAGAGAAGACGUUGAAUGAUGGGGUUUCAAAGAGCUUUGUUGGGAGGUACUUCAAGUUAGAGGCAAGAAAGAGCAGCUUCACAAAGGAGCUUAGGGCUGGUCUAGCCACUUUUCUCACCAUGGCUUACAUAAUCACCGUCAACGCCACGAUCCUCGCCGACUCCGGCGGGACAUGUUCCGUCGCUGAUUGUACUUUUCCGGCCAACCAAACGGCCACAAAUGAUGAUUGCAUGCUCAAGCCAAACGUUGGUUACCAAGCUUGCCUUGCAAGGACCAAGAGUGACCUCAUUGUGGCCACUAUUGUAUCAGCCAUGGUUGGGUCUAUUGUUAUGGGGGCCCUUGCAAACUUACCUUUGGGCCUGGCUCCUGCCAUGGGCCCAAAUGCCUACAUGGCCUAUAACAUGGUAGGCUUUCAUGGAACUGGGCCUAUGUCUUACCAAACUGCUCUAGCAGUGAUUUUGGUUGAGGCGUGCGUGUUCAUGGCCUUGUCUGCCCUGGGGAUCCGAGCUAAGCUGGCUAGAGUCUUUCCUCGUCAAGUUAGGCUUGCUUGUGCAGCGGGAAUUGGGCUUUUCAUUGCUUUUGUGGGCCUUCAGGCCCACCAGGGUAUGGGCCUUGUUGGGCCGGAUCCAUCAAAUUUGGUGACCGUCACUGCUUGCACUAGUAUAAACCCGGAAACAGGUGAGUGCCUUGGUGGGAAAAUGAGGAGCCCAAAAUUCUGGCUGGGGACAAUUGGAUUUCUAAUCACUAGCUUUGGCUUAAUGAAGGAUGUUAAAGGUAGCAUGAUUUAUGGUAUUCUGUUUGUUACAUUUAUAUCAUGGUUUAGAAACACACCUCUCACAUAUUUUCCUGGUAACCCACUUGGUGACACAAAUUUUAACUACUUCAAGAAAGUUGUGGAUUUUCAUGGAAUCCAAACAACAGCAGGGGUCAUUACCUUUGCACACUUCAAUAGAAGUGAGGUAUGGGUGGCUUUGGCAACCUUGUUAUAUGUAGAUGUUCUGGCCACAACAGGUACGUUGUACACAAUGGCCGAAAUUGGAGGGUUUGUCGACGAGCAUGGAAGCUUUGAAGGCGAAUACUUGGCCUACAUUGUUGAUGCAGGCUCAACGAUUGUGGGGGCCGCGCUUGGCGUCUCGACAACAGCAACCUACAUAGAAUCGAUGGCCGGGAUAAGAGAAGGCGGUCGGACAGGACUAACAGCUGUGGUUGUAGGCUUGUGUUUCUUCUUUUCAUUGUUUUUCACUCCUUUAUUAUCAAGUGUACCUCCCUGGGCAAUAGGGCCAUCACUAAUCAUGGUUGGGGUGAUGAUGAUGAAGGUGGUGAACGACAUAGAUUGGGGCAACAUGAAAGAGGCGGUUCCGGCUUUUGUGACCAUACUUCUCAUGCCGCUUACAUACUCCAUAUCCAAUGGAAUCAUUGCCGGGAUCGGGGUUUACAUUGCUCUUAGCCUCUAUGAUUGGAUUGUACGGCUGAUCGAGUGGUUGAUGAAGAUGAGAAGAAUGGUUGCCAAAGAGCAUAACCAGGUUUCUGCCUCAGCUGGUGCAGACCCAACAAUUGAAAUGAUAUGAAAGCUUUUAGGGUCAAUGUUAGUUUGGUGUUUUAAGCAAAAAUAGGACUUUUUAUGAGUAGCAGAUAAUCUAGGGAAACUCUUUUAGAUUUGUAGACAACAAUGUGUGAUCUAUUAGCAAUGGGUGCACAAGGUUUGACUUGAGAGCUCAAGAGCUCGUGUG